UCGCCGGUUGAGUGACGCCAUUGUCCAUACACUUUGUUUUAAAACGACUUGGUUGUUCUUUUCACACACCACACGUAAUCUAGAUUUAAUGCUAAGUUCCUGUCACGUGACUUCACGGUCAAGAGAUUGGCCACGCUUCGCCGACAAAAAGGCUCACAAGGCAGGUCGGAAUUCAUUCGCUGCCGGCGAGCUAGAGAAGGACAGCGGUAGGAAAUUUAGCUCUCCUGGACAACCAGCCAACAUCAAGAAACCAGCAUGGCGGGAGAGGACGAGGUUGAAACCACCCAGAAGAAGGAUAUGUUGGCGAUGGCGAUGCUGAAGGGGACGAUGGACCUCCAUGACAAAGCCGAGAAGUGCUCAUACAUCCUCAGGAUGAUAGAGAGCCGGAUCACCAGGCCACAGUACCGCCUCCUCCUCGCCGACCUGCACGUCAUCUACUCCGCCCUGGAGGAAGAGACGGAACAGCUGAAGGAAGACCCUAUAUACGGCCCCAUGUACUGCCCGGAUGAGCUGAACAGAGUUAAGAAUCUGGAGAAGGAUUUGCUGUAUUUCUAUGGUACAAACUGGAGGAAAUCGGUCACUCCGACAAAGGCGGCUUUGAAAUAUGCUGACCAUAUACACGAUAUUGGACGGAGGAAUCCCUGUCUGCUCCUUGCUCACUCUUUCGUGCGUUACCUCGGGGACCUCUCGGGUGGUCAGGUUCUGAAGUUCAAGAUGUCUCGCUGCAUGUCCAUGCCGGCUUCUGGAGAGGGGUUAUACUUCUACCAGUUUGACAAAGUCCAGAACGCCAUCAGGUUAAAGAAUUACUUGAUGGGAAGAAUCAACAAUCUGGAGGUGGAGCCGGAACUCUACAACGACCUGCUCCAAGAGGCACGCCUUGCCUUCCAGCUCAACAUUGACGUGUUUGAGGAGCUGGAACCAAUAGCAGAGAGGAUUAACAGGCUUAGAAACCCUCCCCAGAACAUCGUGCUGUUCGAGAAAAUCUGGCAAGCGUCUACGGUUAUGCUAUCAUUUGCUGUGAUGUACAAUCUGUCCAACACCCUUUCCGCCGUUGUGUGAAUGGCUGGGCGGACUCUAUGGUUUCCAAUAUGCAGUGGCGUGUGAAAGCCAGACUGCACUGUCGUCGAUGUACCGACAGUAAGUGGUUUGGCUUCCAUACACUUCAUAUUAUUUCACUGGCAAAGUGUGCCGUUCGUUAUGGAUAGCACUCACAAUCUCCCCCUUAACAUGGAAUCAAAUAACCAUAGAACAUUACAUAAUGAAAUGAUGUAGGUGUUUGGCGUGUCGCGGGCUGUUCACAGAAUAGGUUUGUUGUGGUAGUAAAUAUUGAUUCUUAGUGCUAUGCUUCAUUCGCUCAAUUAUGAUUACGAGUGUAAUUGAACGAAUAUCAGGUCACCCUUGACAUGGUUAUGCGUGCUUCCUGGUGUCUAUAGUUAAAGCUCUUGAUGUUAUUUCCCAUUUGACUAAGCUAUCUAUUCUGGACAGUACAUAUAUGUACCUCGCUAUGAGACGUGUAAUACCGAUACAUGUAACAGCCCGCAGUGUGAGACCAAUAUACAGAACAAAACAAGUGACUGACCAUCAAUGUUUUGUGUAAAAAACUAGAAUUCUGUGCAGAGUUCACGUAAAGAAUGUGAUCAGCUUUGUGAUAUAUACCUUAUGUCACGUAUCGUGUUAUUAUCUGAGUCUUCACGUAAAGAAUGUGAUCAGCUUUGGGAUAUAUACCUUAUGUAACGUAUCGUGUUUAUUAUCUGAGUCUUCCUCUUGGACGCCAUGAGUGUUUUGUGUGUAUGUAACAUAUUCACAUUAUACAGCUGUUCAAAGUUUUUAACUUGGGCUUUAAUAAUAGGCCUGGCUAUUUAUUGUCCAACAUUUCGGCAGAUUUUUACUUAACGCCUGUAAAUAACAUGUUUGUUUAAAAAUUGACCAGCAACUCUUUUACGGGUAUGAAAACGAAUGGUUUUAAAUAUCCAUACUCAAGUUUUAAACCGCUCGUGGUGUUGGGUUUUCUUUGCUGCCGCCAAGCAGUGGAAUCUGGAAAUUACUGAACAAUGUUAUAACCUACCCUAAUUACCGUAUUAUCACCGAUAUCACCGGUAAUUACGCUAUCAGGUGUCAAUGGCGUGGACAUGGGGGCAUGUUCAUGUUAACCUUAUAUAUAUGGAUGUAGCAUGUUUUAUCACUGCCAUUCUAUUUAAAGUUUAAUAUUUAUACAGCAACCAUGCUCAAUAAUGUUCCUGACUCAGGGUUUGCACCCCCCUGCUGUGGCUGUGCGGUAUUCCUCUUCCUGCACUCACUCAAUAUUGGGUUUGUCGGGUUCGGGACCACUCGUGUCUUUCCGGGACCAUUCGUAUCUUUCCGGGACCUCGCCCGCAGUCGGCUUUCUUGCUGACUUGGUUAAGUCUUAAGUAUCCACAGCCAAUCAAUAGCCCACAUUCCUGUCGUUCUGAUUAGUGCAUACCUUUACUUUGUCACAAUCACGUUAGUACUUUCUCCAACCAACUUCGACUGUAUGCGUCAACAUUUGAUGAUACCCUAGAAUAAAAAAGUGCGGAGGUAUUCUAAGACCGGAUUACAUAUGUUCCUACGCACGUUUUGAUUGGUUCAUCCUGCUCAUCCAAAUGACGUGUAUGGACGGGGACACCUUGAAUUUACGGGGAAAGACAAGAAGUUAAGAAUUAAUGUUAAUCUAAAUGGACUGAUGAAUAAUUUGCAUGUUCAUAACUUUGAUUGUUGCACCAAAGAAAGUGUGAUUUUACAUUGUAACAUUUCUAUGAUUUUUAGAACUCCUAUGUAAUUGGAAGUACCAGAUUAAUAAAAACAUUACCAUAUAUUGA